CAUUUUGUUUUGUUUCUAGGCAAAAAAGAAACAUGCAAACCCCAGACAUCCAGCUGGUGCACCACAGCUCCAUCCAGAAGUCGUCUAAGGAGCUGCGCGGCAUGUCCAAGAACAGGGAGAUCUCCUGGCCGCUGUCAACGCUGCCCGUCUUCCACCCGGUCAGCGGAGAGGUGGUGCCCCCCCUUCACCCCGACAACUACGAAACCACUAGCACGCCACUCAUGCAGACACAGACGAACUUACAAAAUCAAGUCCAGAUACCUCAACAGCAACCUCCAGGUAAAUGGUAUUCCUGAGGAGCGCAAAGUGGCAGAAGCUCUUAACCUGUGACAUGGGACUCCACACCAUUACAUUGCCUUUCUACCUUUUAUCAAGUUCACUAUUUGCUGUGUUUUUAUUCUCUUCACUCCAGAGCGGUAUGCCAAGAACAUGGUUAAGUGAUAAACCUGGUUAAGCAAACCUACAGGAAGUGGUAAACAUGCUGAUAGAUAACCCACUGGUGUCAUUUAUACAAGAUACAAGAUACAAGAUAUGUUAUUUGUCAUUUGGAUAUAUAUAUGAAACAUAUAUAUACAAUGAAAAGCUUCCCUGCUCUGGGAGUCCCAAAAAAGGUUAAAAAGAAUGUUAAAAAGGGAAAAAAAAGUAGGAAAAAAUAUAUAUUUAAAAAGUUGAAAAAAUGGCAGGUUGGAGAAAGGGGAGAUGUGAUGAGUGGAUUUCUUCCUAUGUUGGUGUUUUUGAAUUCAACAGUCUGAUACAUUGAGGGAAGAAGCUGUCCCUGAGACGGCUGGUGUGAGCACGUAAGCACCUGUAUCUCCGGGCAGAUGGUAGAAGGGUGAAGUGUGUGUAGCUGGGGUGGUACGGAGCUAUGAUUCGUUUGGCCCUCCUCAGACACCGUUGGUUGUAAAGAUCCUGGAUUUUGGGUGGAUCUGAUUUGAUUGUACGUUGAGCAGAUUUGAUGACUUAGUUAGAUUUGAUGAUUUAGUUAAGACAAUGAGGACUCCAGGCUCUUUUAUUAGAUGAUUUACCACUACCUCAAGGUUGACUAAACCUGGUUUACAACUGAGCCAGGUUCUUGGCAUACGCCUCAGCAAUGCUUGUACUGUAUGCAUGCAUUGCCACCUUCAGUAUUGCCAUGCUAUAUGUAUGUAUGUAUGUGAGCACUUCUGUCCUGGGCUGACAAAAUGUGGAGCCGUAAUGUUGUAAAUACUAAAUUAACACCAAGAAAAUUCACAGUAGUUACAUUCAAGAAAAGUGUUAUUUUUAUAUAUGUAUAUUUUGCCAUUGAAAUUGAGGAGGCCCAAUUUGCCACAUAUCGUGUAUACAUAACAUUUGUUUAUGUGUGUGUUUUUGUUUUUCGGUUUUGGUUGUGUGUUUUUUGUUUUUUGUUUAUGAGUGUAGAGCAUAAAAGAUGGAUUUAUAAUCAGGAAGUGCCUCUGUUGUAAACAAAAACAAAGAAGAAUCUAAAAGGGAUUGAGCAAAACUAAACACAAACUCAGCUGGUGCCAAUGGAUUUGUUCUCACCAUACUUAUUAUUAAACUUGUUUUUGAUGAA